CCUAAUUCCUUAUCACAGCGCUGGCCAGGCACACCAAAGAUAAUCGCCCCCCAGCUCUUCAUCCUUCGAUAACAUGGCCUCCCAAAGCAUCAUCCCUAUCCCUGCAGACUCACCUUUUUCAUUAGCAAAUAUCCCCUUUGGCAUAUUCUCCACCCAAUCGCAACCCACCCCCCGUCCUGGUGUAGCCAUUGGGGAACAUAUCCUCGACCUCAAAGUCCUCGCGCUAGAGGGGAUAUUCGCAGAUUGCGAUGUAGCGUUCCCGAAUGAUGUCCUCUCGAAUACAACCCUCAAUGCCUUUGCUGCUCUUGGGAGGCCCACUACGUCUGGCGUACGCGCAUAUAUCCAGUCACUCGUAACACGAUUGUCUUCUCCCCUACACUCGAACCCUUCUCUCCUCGAGAAUUGCACUGUAAGGCAAAUGGAAGCAACAAUGCACCUCCCAUUUGAUAUCGGCGAUUUCACGGAUUACACGAGUUCCAAGACUCAUGCGAAGAAUACGCAUUCGGGACAUGGACAUGGAGGUGUUGAUGUUGACAUGUUCCAUCCUCCUCGUGCAGCUUCUGGACGCGCAUCUACCAUCCUUCCCUCUGGUACACCUAUUGUUCGGCCCAUGGGUCAUCUCCCUCUGGCCCCUACGCGGGACCACCUGUCAUCAGACCUCCUGUUAGGGUCCUCUGAAGGGUCCCUCAACGAUAUCCAUCCAGAAACCCUCAACCACCUUUUAGCAGACACUGCCGGAGAAUUCAGGACUCUCGCUCAAACAACAGGAUUCACGCUCGCACCCACGAACGAACUUGACUUCGAGCUCGAGCUCGCGUUUUUCAUUGGUGUCCCAACUGAGUACUUUGAACGCUUACCAGUGGAGAAAGCGGAGGAUCAUAUAUUUGGUGUUGUGUUGCUAAACGAUUGGAGUGCGCGAGACAUCCAAAGCCCGGAAACCCUCCCCUUCGGUGCAUUUAAUGCAAAGAACUUUGCGAGCACGAUCAGCCCGUGGGUGGUCACACUCGAUGCGCUGGAACCCUUCAAGAUCGCACAUGACAUACGGAGGGUCCCAUCGUACCUUGUGGAUAAGGGAGAUGCGACGUAUGAUAUAUCAGUCAGCAUGGAGGUGAUUCCAGACGGACCGGAGGAGAGGGAGAUGGGGGUGGCGAGAUCGAGUUUGAGGAAUUCGUAUUGGACGUUUCGGCAGAUGCUUUCCUUCCACACCCUCUCGGGAUGUCGCAUGCGUACUGGGGAUUUGAUAGGAACGGGAACGUUAUCUGGAGAGGACCCAGCCUCCCUCUGUUCCCUCAUCGAGCAGCGCAGGCACUUCCCUAACCGAAUGUUCUUACAAGACAGAGAUAAGCUUGUGUUCACGGCUUGGUGCGGGUCACCCCGAAGAGGAGUAGGAUUUGGAGAGUGUUGCGGGGUAGUGCUGCCUGCGAGAUUGUAACAUCACUACACGGCAUGCUGAAGAGACAUUGGGCGGCAAGAGACCAUCCCUAUUGAUGAUCGUUCAUGGCCCCCGAGGAGGGGGGAGGGUCGCAGCCCAGAGAAGGAACUCGACCUACACGGUAAAUUUAUACGGCAGUGGAGACUACAGCCUACAGCUCCCACAUGGAUGCUAUAAACACCCAUAUUAAUGGCAGCCUGGCG